AAAUCUCUCGCCUCACGGUACAUAUCUGCACUCCGGUUCUCAAUGCUGAGUGUUUACUGAACGUGUUUGCAAAUUUUCCGUAAAAUAUUUUGAUAUAAAUCGCGUUCCGCAAUGAAAAUCGCGGUAGAAGGUUGUGCCCAUGGUGAGCUGGAGCGAAUCUACGAUACCCUGGCGCUGCUCGAGCAGAAGGAAAACGUCAAAAUAGACCUGCUCCUCUGCUGUGGUGAUUUUCAGGCUGUGCGCAAUCAGGAUGAUUUGAACUGCCUGGCCGUGCCCCAAAAGUAUCGUGAAAUGGGCACCUUUCACAAGUACUACUCUGGCGAGAAAGAGGCGCCAAUCUUGACCAUAUUCAUCGGCGGUAACCACGAAGCCUCCAACUACCUUCAGGAGAUGCCCUACGGAGGCUGGGCAGCGCCCAACAUUUAUUACCUAGGAUACGCUGGCUGCGUCAAUGUGGCUGGCAUAAGGAUCGCUGGCCUCUCCGGAAUUUACAAGGGCAGGGACUUCAUGAAGGGACACUACGAAAAACCUCCUUACAGCGAGGAUACAAAACGAAGCGUUUAUCACAUUAGAAAUCUGGAUGUCUUCAGAUUAAAACAGCUGCAGCAGCCCAUUGACAUAUUUUUAUCCCACGACUGGCCCCGAGGAGUUUAUCACUUCGGUGACGUGGACAAACUGCUGCGGGCCAAACCAUUUUUCAAAGAAGAAGUUCUCACAAACUCGCUAGGCUCGGCUCCAUCUCAAGAGCUUCUCUCUGUACUGAAGCCAAAAUUCUGGUUUGCGGCCCACUUGCACGUUAAAUUUCCUGCUAUCGUAACCCACACGGUCACAGACGAAGAGGGUGAUAAACAGGUCGGCGUGACCAAAUUCUUAGCUCUGGACAAGUGCCUUCCAAGGAGGCAUUUCCUGCAGGUGGUCGACAUCCCCCACAACAGUGAACAGCCCAUCAAACUGAGCUAUGACCCUGAGUGGUUGGCCAUUCUCCUGCUGACCAACCAUCUCCUGAGUGUAAAAGCCACAACUCAAUACAUGCCUGGACCAGGAGGCACUGACCGGUAUAUUUUUAACCCAACGGCUGAAGAGAUUGACGCGGCCAAGGCACGUUUUGAGGACGACCUGCUGAUUCCGCUCAAUUUUGAGCAGACAGUUCCUCCGCACGAUCCAACUGGCCACCCGGCAAGUCGACCCCCAAGAUAUUCGAUAGGCCCAAAUGUCAACCCGCAGACGACUACCUUUUGCGAAAGUCUUGGCAUUGAUGAUCCCAUGGUUUUGAUUGGUGGAGUCCGAGGGGUUGGAUCGCCUUUCAUUGCCAAGCCAAGGGGAGAUGACGAGGAAGAGACCGGAGAGGAAACUGACGAUGGUCCCAGUUCCCUUUGGUCGAUUUCCACAUCGGGAACACCAAGCAGGUCAAGUCUUGUGCUGCCAAGUCCAAAGUUGACUGAAGACGAGCAGGAGCAAGAAAUGGAGAAACCUAAAGAGCCCUCCAAGGAAACCUUUGAACCACCUCGAAUCACAGAGGAUGAGGAAGAUAGCUCCGCUCAGAACAUGAAUGAAUCAUCCAUUCCAAGUGUGAAGAGAUUCAAACGGAGGAACUAUAAUUUGUACCAGUGUGGCUCAGAGGAUGAUUGAUGCCAUGAAAGUCAAGCUACUGUUUCAUUUUUUGUGAUUUGUUUAUAAGACACCUUUCUCAAAUACAUUAAAAGAUACACUAUGAUGAUAAUAAAAUAAAAAUUGUGGCUA